AGUAGUAACAAACAUGGCGGACUCCGAAGCUGUGUCUGUGGUGUAUUUUGUAAUUAGCAACAUCCCGGUCAUAUUCCGCUCUGCGGACCUCAGAAACUACUUCAGUCAGUUCAUUGAAAGCGAAGGGUUCCAGUGUUUCCACUACCGCCACCGACCGGAGCGUCUGCGGGAGGCGGAGAGCAAGACAACCGCCACAGAUCAGACGGACACCUCCGAUGUUGUUGAACCCACCGCGGACGGCAGCUCCACGAAGAAGGAGCCGUCGAAAUCGUGCUGUUGUGUCGUGGCGGUUCAGGCCAAGGACGCCGAGAGGUUCUUCAGAAUGUAUUCAGGGAAUCACUGGAUCGAUAAGAAGGGAAACUGGCUGUCCAGACGGUGUGUUAUCAGACGAGUGCGAGUUUCCCAGACCCAAGAUGAGGAGUCGUUCCCCUACAAGACCAAGUUUGAGCAGCGGCACCGCGUGUCAGCAACUGAGCGCUUCACACAAGCUGACCUCAAAAGCCUGUCUGAGCUCAACCCCCCAUCCCUGAUGCAGAAUGGAAACGUGGGCACUCCCAUCAAAGUCUUCCUCCGCCUGAUCCAGUCCUGCCGUCUACCUCCUCGGCUUAUCCGGAAGCUGGGCCUUACUUUUCCCAAGACGAGUUCCAACCGUCGCUAUGGCAACGUGCAUUUUCAGUAUCGGGACACUCAUACGCUGCCGGCGACCGAGGACACGGUUCUAACUGCUGCUGGCCAUGAGAUAUCAGGGCCUGGGGUUCUGAGGACUAAGUCGAGCGGGAAGAAGCUCGCAGAUGAAACUGAGACCAGUGAGCCAGAGAGACAAGAGGAGGAGGAGGAGAUGGAAGAGGAGGAAAACCAGGAUGUCCAGUCAAAUGAAGAUGAUGACGACGACCGCUGUGAGGAGUGGGAGCGGCAUGAAGCUUUGCAUGAAGAUGUGACGAGCCAGGAGCGAAGUAAAGAGCGGCUGUUUGAAGAGGAGAUCGAGCUGAAGUGGGAGAAAGGCGGCUCAGGCCUGGUGUUCUAUACUGACGCGCAGUACUGGCAGGAAGAGGAAGGAGAUUUUGAUGAACAGACAGCAGACGACUGGGAUGUGGACAUGAGCGUUUAUUAUGAUAAAGAUGGAGGCGAUAUGGACGCUCGCGACUACAUGAGAAUGCGGUAUGAGAAGAGGCUGAGGGAGGGACUUGAGGAUGGAUCAGGACACAAUCAGGCUAUUGGCAGCUUUGAGAAAUUCACUAAGGGGUUUGGCCGUCGCUUGAUGGAAAGGCAAGGCUGGAAGGACGGCGAAGGGCUGGGACACAGCCAGGUGGGGAUUUCCGAAGCGCUGGAAAACGAGGGCCAACAUCCACAUUGUAAACGGGGUUUUGGGUAUCAUGGAGAAAAGCUGCUGCGACACAACCAUAAAAAACCCAGGACAGAGUUUCACAUCACCUCUGUGUACGAUCAACCCAAAGACAUCGAUGAAGGCGACACGUUGCAAAGACGCCAACCGAACACCAGCAUGAAGUACAGAGGAUGGCAGCAAGGUGGCAGCAUUGGACUUCAAAGAUGACCUCGAUUUUGAAUUGAAACGUAUUUAUAAUGCAGUAUUAAAUUU